CUGCAAAUAUGCCAGUAAUAUGUAGAAUUUUUAAAAUUGCCAGAAUUAAACCACCUUUAAUUAGCCGAAACCUGACAGGAGUCGCUCAGGAAGCAGUGAGAGUGCGUUUCGCUCCAAGUCCUACAGGCUUCCUACACUUGGGAGGGCUGAGAACGGCUUUUUACAAUUACUUGUUUGCGAGAUCCCGCAAUGGUAGAUUUAUUUUGCGCAUUGAAGACACAGAUCAAACUCGGAUGGUCGAGGGGGCUGUUGAACAAUUACAAAACGAUUUAAAGUGGUGUGGAAUAAGAGUUCAUGAAGGACCCGAAAUUGGCGGCAGUUUUGGCCCAUACAUCCAGUCACAGAGGCUAGAAUUUUACAGGCACCAUGCAAAAACUUUAUUAAAGAAUGGUUCCGCGUAUUAUUGCUUUUGUACUGAGAGACGCUUAGAAUUGCUAAGAAUAGAGGCUCUAAGGGCUAGAGAACUGCCAAAGUAUGAUAACCGGUGUAGAAACUUGAGUCCUGAGGAAGCUCGAGGGAAAGUCUCACAAGGUGUUCCAUUCUGUGUACGCUUUAAAAUAACUCCUGGACUUGGGAGUUUUACAGAUUUAAUUUAUGGGGACAUUUCUUAUGACGUUUCCGCUAAUGAAGGUGACCCUGUCAUCAUGAAAUCUGACGGAUUUCCAACUUACCACUUUGCUAAUGUCGUUGAUGACCAUUUAAUGCAGAUUUCGCAUGUCUUGCGUGGUGUUGAGUGGCAAAUUUCCACCACAAAACACCUAAUGUUAUAUAGAGCUUUCAAUUGGAAACCACCUCAAUUCGGGCAUUUGCCUCUUUUAAUGAACUCAGACGGUUUAAAACUUAGUAAAAGACAAGGCGACAUAAAAAUUAGUCACUAUAAAGAAUCUGGAAUAUUCCCAUUAGCUUUGAUUAACUUUAUCGCAAAUUCUGGAGGUGGCUUUGAGAAGGAUAGUAACAGAAAUGUCAAACCGAAAUGUUACACAAUUCCCGAGUUAACUCAACAGUUUGAUAUUUCUAGAGUGAAUGCACAUUCUGGGAAGUACAUGCCAGAGAGACUUCUGGAGUUUAAUAGGCUUGAGCUUAAACGAAAAUUGGAAAAUGAAGAAGAAGAGGAUGAUUUAGUGGAAAAUGUGCGUGAGAUGGUGAGAAAUCACUUCCCGGGACAUUCACUGGAUUUGAAAUCUGAACACAUAAAGAAUAUUCUUCACUGGUCAGCCAACAGAAUUACAAAGUUGGCAGAUUUGUUAUCAGAUGACUUGAAAUUUAUUUGGAUUUCACCAAUAAGACAAAAACUUAGUGAUGAAGAUCAAAGUUACCUCACUCAGUUCAUUGAAGAUUUAAAGAAACAGGAUGUUUUACAAAAGGAUGAUUUGAAUCAUUUUUUUAGACAGUUUUCUGAGGAUCAUGAACUGAAAUUUGGAAAUUUUAUGAAGACGUUGCGGUCGGUUUUGAGUGGACUGAAGGAGGGACCAAGCGUGGCCGAAAUGGUGGAGAUCUUGGGGAAGAAGAACACAAUACAUCGCCUCCAACUCUCAAUUAAAACCAACAAGUGAGAUAAAUAUAUUUAAUAUCUUUCCUCAAUACAAUUACAAUAAAAAAAGUUCAAAAAAUCAA